AAAGGCAAUUAAAUUUGACCGCGUCAUUUUUAAUUUAUUUUUCGGAUGUGAUCUAAAACUGCAAAACUGGAAACUGGCUUACCAUUGAACCUGUGGAUUUUAGAUUUCCUAUAAACCGAACAAAACCGGAAAUGGAGAAAACUUGUCGAGCUUGCUUAAAGUUGUCGGUAGCCUCUUUGAAUAUUUUUAAGAGCACAACAGAAUCUGGAACCCCAAUCGCUGAAAUUAUUUCAAAAUGCACAGGAUUUCAAGUUUGUAAGGGAGAUCAGUUUCCUGAAGAAGUUUGUAUGGAUUGUCUACUGGAUGCUAAAAACGCGUUUGAAAUCAAGCUAAUUUAUGAGAAGAGCCACAAGUUAUACAGCCAACAAAAAAAGGAUUACUUAAGAAAAAAAUAUAACUUGAAUUGUAAAGUAAGGAUUAAGCGACUGAGAAAUUCGCUAGUAAAGAAGAAAACUAAUGAUAAUGCGGAUAAAGAUUCUGUGCCCGGUGAUAUCGAUGCCUGUGAGAAUCACAGCGACAACAAUGACAAUGUUUCAGAAGGACCUCUGUACAAGUGCUCAUAUUGUUCGAAGAGUUUCAAACAAAAAAGAUAUCUUAGACGACACCUGCGAAUACACACAGGUGAAAAACCAUUCCAGUGUUCCCACUGCCCCAAGGCUUUUCGACGUUCCCCACACCUUCAGUGUCAUCUGCGAACCCACACAGGAGAACGACCGUAUAAGUGUCCAAAUUGCUUGUCGGCUUUUUCACAGGAACAAAAUCUCAAAAAACAUUUGCGCAUACACACAGGAGAACGAGAGUACAAGUGUUCCCACUGUCCAAACUCAUUUAUAACAAAACAUCAAGCGGAAAUCCACUUGCUAAGCCACUCCACGGAAAUCAAAUUCAAGUGUACCCACUGCCCAAAGGCCUUUAAACAUCCAAUUUCUCGUAACAAUCACGAACGAACGCACUUAAAAAACCCACCACAUCAUUGUUCUGCUUGUUCAAAGACUUUUGUCUCGGACAACAGUCUCUCAUAUCAUUUACAAACGAAAGCACACAAAAUAAAUAUGACAAAAAAAUAAUAAAUAUAAAAGCAAAACCACUUCU